GCUGGGAGCGAUUGGCUGGUUCAGCCCAGCUCGACUUCCCACACAGCUUCCGGCAAGUCGGAAGCCAGGGACAAAAAGUUUUCAAAGAAGAUAGGAGGUUGUGGAGGACUCGCUGCUCAUGAGAGAAGGAUGCUACAACUAAGCCUGUCCCGGCUGGGAAUGGGGUCCCUGACAGCCUCUCCAUGGCAUCUACUGCUGCUGGGAGGGGCCUCUUGGAUUCUAGCCCGAAUUCUGGCCUGGAUCUAUGCCUUCUAUGACAACUGCUGCCGCCUUCGUUGCUUCCCUCAGCCCCCUAAACCAAGCUGGUUUUGGGGUCACUUGGCCUUGGUGAGUAACGACGAGGAAGGCAUGCAGUUCAUAGCACAUCUGGGCCACUACUUCUGUGAUAUCCACCUGUCUUGGGUGGGACCCGUGUACCCGAUCCUGCGACUCGUCCACCCUGACGUCAUUGCUCCCCUGCUCCAAGCCUCAGCUGCUGUUGCACCCAAGGAAAUGACCCUCUAUGGCUUCCUGAAGCCCUGGCUGGGGGAUGGGCUCCUGAUGAGCGCUGGUGAGAAGUGGAACCACCACCGACGCCUGCUGACACCCGCCUUCCACUUUGACAUCCUGAAGUCCUACGUGAAGAUUUUUAACAAGAGCGUGGACACCAUGCAUGCCAAGUGGCAGCGUCUGACUGCCAAGGGCAGUGCCCGUCUGGACAUGUUCGAGCACAUCAGCAUGAUGACCUUGGACAGCCUGCAAAAAUGCAUCUUCAGCUUCGACAGCAACUGUCAGGAGUCUAACAGUGAAUACAUAGCUGCGAUCCUGGAACUCAGCUCCCUCAUAGUGAACCGGCAACGCCAGCUCUUCCUGUACCUGGACUUCCUGUAUUACCUCACUGCUGAUGGGCGGCGCUUCCGCAAGGCCUGCGACCUGGUGCACAACUUCACAGAUGCUGUCAUCAGGGAGAGACGCAGCACCCUCAAUACCCAGGGCGUUGAUGAAUUCCUAAAGGCCAGGGCUAAGACUAAAACUUUAGACUUUAUUGAUGUUCUCUUGCUGGCCAAGGAUGAGCAUGGGAAGGGGCUGUCGGAUGUGGACAUCCGAGCAGAGGCUGACACCUUCAUGUUCGGAGGCCAUGACACCACAGCCAGCGCGCUCUCCUGGAUCCUGUACAACCUGGCGAGGCACCCGGAAUACCAGGAGCGCUGCCGUCAGGAGGUGCGGGAGCUGCUGAGGGACCGAGAGCCUGAGGAGAUUGAAUGGGACGACCUGGCCCAGCUGCCCUUCCUCACCAUGUGCAUCAAGGAGAGUCUACGGCUGCACCCUCCAGUCUUAUUAAUCUCCCGCUGCUGUUCCCAGGACAUUGUGCUGCUAGAUGGCCGGGUCAUCCCCAAAGGGAACAUCUGUGUCAUCAGCAUCUUUGGGGUUCACCACAAUCCUUCAGUGUGGCCAGACCCUGAGGUCUACAACCCCUUCCGCUUUGACCCAGGAAACCUACAGAAGAGGUCGCCUCUGGCUUUUAUUCCCUUCUCAGCCGGGCCCAGGAACUGCAUAGGACAGACUUUCGCCAUGAGCGAGAUAAAGGUGGCGCUGGCGCUGACGCUGCUGCGCUUCCGCGUCCUGCCAGAUGACAAGGAGCCGCGCCGGAAGCCGGAGCUGAUCCUGCGUGCGGAGGGCGGACUGUGGCUGCGGGUGGAACCGCUGAGCGCGGGCGCACAGUGA